CGGUUCGCGCCGCGGCGCGGCGAUUGGCCGGCGGAAGGCGCCGCGUCACAAUGGAGCCGGUCGGAGGCGGCGAGCCGGCCAGCGCUGGGGCUUCCCGCUGAGCCCGCAGCGGCGGGCAGUCGAGAAAGUGCGGGCGCCCGGCCGCCACCCGCUCGCCUCGACUGGCGCGGGGCGGACGCGGCGGGGACAGCAGGCGCCCGCGGCUGGAGUCGCGCAGCUCCAUGCAGGUGCUUGAGAUCUUCCUCUACCCAUCUCUGAUGGAGACUAAAUUCUUCACUGUCAAGUAGCAUAUUCCUUCUGAUUGAUUCCCAGGGCUCCAGUUUGUAUUUCCAGCUGACUACUAGACCUCACCACCUAAAUGGCCCACAGGAAUUUUUCAAAUAGAAACUAAUUGCAGAGUUUCCGGUUGAGCAACAUUCACAGGAAUGAAGACAAACACAGAGAUGGUGUGUCUAAGAAAUUUUAAAAGGUGUCGGCCUCCUGAUUGAAGCAUUGUCGACUUAUUGAAAUUUUUUUUUAUUAUCCUUCUGUACCCGUACAAGAGAAAGUCAUGAUUACACUAACAGAGCUAAAAUGUUUAGCAGACGCCCAGUCAUCUUAUCAUAUUCUAAAACCCUGGUGGGACGUGUUCUGGUAUUACAUCACCCUGGUCAUGCUGCUGGUGGCUGUGCUGGCUGGUGCCCUCCAGCUCACGCAGAGCAGGGUUCUGUGCUGUCUUCCAUGUAAGGUGGAAUUUGACAAUCACUGCGCCGUGCCUUGGGACCUCCUGAAAGCCAGCGUGAAUACAUCCUCUGAUCCUGGGACAUCGCUUCCACUCCCUCUCAGAAUCCAGAACGACCUCCACCGACAGCAGUACUCCUACAUCGACGCCGUCUGUUACGAGAAACAGCUCCACUGGUUUGCAAAGUUUUUCCCCUACCUGGUGCUCUUGCACACACUCAUCUUUGCAGCCUGUAGCAACUUUUGGCUUCACUACCCGAGUACCAGUUCCAGGCUCGAGCAUUUUGUGGCCAUUCUUCACAAGUGCUUCGAUUCUCCAUGGACUACCCGCGCCCUGUCCGAAACAGUGGCUGAGCAGUCGGUGAGGCCCGUGACACUCUCCAAGUCCAAGGUUUUACUUUCAUCCUCAGGGUGUUCAGCUGAUGUUGAUGCCAGUAAGCAGUCGUUGCCCUACCCGCAGCCUGGUUUGGAGUCAGCUGGCAUAGAAAGCCCAACUUCCAGUGUCCUGGACAAGAAGGAGGGCGAACAGGCCAAAGCCAUCUUCGAAAAAGUGAAAAGGUUUCGCAUUCACGUGGAGCAGAAGGACGUCAUUUAUAGAGUGUAUCUGAAGCAGAUAAUAGUCAAAGUCAUUUUGUUUGUCCUCAUCAUAACUUAUGUUCCAUAUUUUUUAACCUACAUCACUCUUGAAAUUGACUGUUCAGUUGAUGUACAGGCUUUUACGGGAUAUAAGCGCUACCAGUGUGUCUACUCCUUGGCAGAAAUAUUUAAGGUCCUGGCUUCGUUUUAUGUCAUUUUGGUUAUACUUUAUGGUCUCACCUCCUCCUACAGCUUGUGGUGGAUGCUGAGGAGUUCCCUGAAGCAAUAUUCCUUUGAGGCAUUGAGAGAAAAAAGCAACUAUAGCGACAUACCUGAUGUCAAGAAUGACUUCGCCUUCAUCCUCCAUCUGGCUGAUCAGUACGAUCCUCUUUAUUCCAAACGCUUCUCCAUAUUCCUGUCGGAGGUCAGUGAGAACAAACUGAAACAGAUCAACCUCAAUAACGAAUGGACGGUCGAGAAACUGAAAAGUAAGCUUGUAAAAAAUUCGCAGGACAAGAUAGAACUGCAUCUGUUUAUGCUAAACGGUCUUCCAGACAACGUCUUUGAGCUAACUGAAAUCGAAGUGCUAAGCCUGGAGCUGAUCCCUGAGGUCAAGCUGCCCUCCACAGUCUCACAGCUGGUCAACCUCAAGGAACUUCACGUGUACCAUUCGUCUCUGGUGGUAGACCAUCCUGCGCUGGCCUUUCUCGAGGAGAAUUUAAAAAUCCUCCGUCUGAAAUUUACUGAGAUGGGGAAAAUUCCACGCUGGGUAUUUCACCUGAAAAAUCUCAAGGAACUUUACCUGUCAGGUUGUGUUCUCCCCGAGCAGCUGAGUACCAUGCAGCUGGAGGGCUUUCAGGACUUAAAAAACCUGAGGACCCUCUAUUUGAAAAGCAGCCUGUCCCGGAUCCCACAAGUCAUUACAGACCUCCUGCCUUCCCUGCAGAAAUUGUCCCUCAAUAAUGAGGGAAGCAAACUGGUUGUGUUGAACAACCUGAAAAAGAUGAUCAAUCUGAAAAGCCUAGAGCUGAUCAGCUGUGACCUGGAACGCAUUCCACACUCCAUUUUCAGCCUGAACAAUUUGCACGAGUUAGACCUAAAAGAAAAUAACCUUAAAACUGUGGAAGAAAUCAUUAGCUUUCAGCAUCUCCAGAAUCUUUCCUGCUUAAAGCUGUGGCACAAUAACAUUGCUUAUAUUCCUGCCCAAAUUGGGGCAUUAUCUAAUCUAGAGCAGCUCUCUUUGGACCAUAAUAAUAUUGAGAAUCUGCCCCUGCAGCUCUUUCUAUGCACCAAACUACAUUAUUUGGAUCUAAGCUAUAACCACCUAACCUUCAUUCCAGAGGAAAUCCAGUAUCUGAGUAAUUUGCAGUACUUUGCUGUGACCAACAACAAUAUUGAGAUGCUACCAGAUGGGCUGUUUCAGUGCAAAAAGCUGCAGUGUUUACUUUUGGGGAAAAAUAGCCUGAUGAGUCUGUCGCCCCACGUGGGUGAGCUGUCGAACCUCACUCAUCUGGAGCUCAUUGGUAAUUACCUGGAAACGCUUCCUCCCGAACUGGAAGGGUGUCAGUCCCUAAAACGGAGCUGCCUGAUUGUCGAGGAGAAUUUGCUCAGUACUCUCCCUCUCCCUGUAACAGAACGGUUGCAGACGUGCUUAGAUAAAUGUUGACCUAAAGAGAAAAUAACUUUUAAAAGUAAGCCCCAGGGCUUUAAAUGAGAACUAAAAUUUCCAAAAUUAUAAAGAUUGACAAAAUACAGAAUAAUUAUGACUAACUCUAACCAAAUGUCUUAUUAAAGCAACUCAGUGUCUGGCCCUAAAUUCAACAGGUAAAAAGUGUUAACACUGAACUGAAGUUUUGUGAAUAAUUGAUCUUGUUGAGAUAUAAGAAGUACACUUUGAGGGUGGAAUGGGGGACAUGAAAUUAUUGAAUCUCUACCUUGCAGUUUUCACCUUGAAGAUUAGAUAAUUUUUCUUCUCUCUCCGUAGUCCCUAGUACUUAUCUGCACACUGUUUUAACUGACAUCCAAUUAGAAUAUUUAUCACCUAGACCCUACACUCAUCAAUAUAAAUUUCAUCGAUGUAUACUCAGCACUGUCUUUGAUUUGUGUUCUUAAAUAUUUUAAGGCAGGGUGCCUUGUGCUUGGCAGAAUUUCUUCUUGGCUUUUUACUUUCUGUCCUAGCUUGCUCGAGUCUUCCUUCAUCUGCUUUUCUCUUAACAACAGUGAUGAACCCCGAGACAGUGCCUGCUUUUGGCCUUUGCAUAGAACAGGAGCAGGGUAUGUAGGACGUGUUACCCUCGGGGCAUCCUGAAAAUUAAUGUAUUCUCUAAAAUUUCUUCUUGUAUCAUCAAAGCCUUUUUUAUUUGCUAGUAACUUUUUAUAUUAAAUGUAAAACAUAAAUGUUUUUAUUGUAUAAUCUUGGAUUUAAAAUCUGUGGGAAUAAUUUUUGUAAGGUACAGAGAACACAUGCAUCUCUUUAAGAAUUUACUAUUAGUAUACUUGGUUUUGGCUGCUUAUGAUUCUCAUAUUUGUGUUCAUUCUCCAAAAUGUUUUUGUACUCUGCAACUAAUUACUUUUGGAUAACUAAAGCCUUGUGUUUCGCACCCUAAAAUAUUUAGGGGGUUUCCUUAUUAGAGGAUGGCGCAUCAUCUACCUCUCUCUUCCCUUGUUGCUGUGCUUAUUGUACGGGUACAUUUCUUAAUUACUUCAAAAACUGUGAUAGAGGGGAGAGGUAUGGAUUUGGUUCUUUAAAAUUGGUUUAAAAACACCUUGUAGAAAUUAAGAGUUAAAGCAAAAUAUUUUUCUUCUCCACCCCCAUGGUCUCUAGAUAUGACUAUAAUGCAAAACAUUCAGCAUCUAUUCGGUGUUGAAGAUGAAUUCUCAAAUCUCACAAAGAAAUAGAUCCAUUUAACUGGAAUUCAUCUCAUGCUUUUGUCUAACUUUUCUGGAAUACAUUUUGCUCUUUUUUUAGGAAGAGUUUUUGUGUUUGGCCUUUUAUUUUGAUACAUAUUGUCAAAUGAAUAAAAUCAACUGACUCAUUUUCAGGAAAUGUACAUUUUUAAUGUGUUUUUCUCUGAUGGGUCUAGGCACUUAUGAUGCCAUCACAUUUUGGAAGUAACUAAGUCGUCUACUAACCACACAUAGACAAAACUGGAAAACUAUGGGUAAAGAAUACUGUAAACAUGGAAUUGUGAUAUGUGGUGUCUUGUUUUGUUUUGUUUGCCCAUUUCAAAAAGGCCCAUUUCAAAAAGGUGAAAGUAAGUAUUUUAAAUUAUAACAAAAUGUAGCUUCCCUCACCUGCCACAUACCGCUGGACUGAAGCUCAAAGAAAAAAAUCAUUUGUGUCAAAUAAAAUUUGACUAAUAUUAGCUAUAAAAAUAUAAAACACCAAAAGCUGCCUAAACCUUAUUGUUUAUUAUAAAUGAGAAGGAAUGGUGUAAAAAUGUAAUUCUUACCAAAACUUGCCUUUAGUCAGAACAUUCAAGUUCUCAGGGACCCAAGCAUAACUGACAAAACUUUCUUCUAGGACAUUAGAAAACAGAUUCUGACUACAUCUAGUGUUUUUUGUUAUUUUCAUUUUUUUAAAUAUGAGUUGAUUUCAUUUUAGUUUUUCACAAUAAAAUUGUCAUAAGUAUUGGUUCCAAUGUUGGAUAGGAUUAUUUUAAGUUUUGGACAUGAGCAUGAUGCAUGGAGAGGUGUCUAAAUGUUUCUGGUCAUAUAAUUAGUGAUCAUUUGUAUGAAAAAUGACACCUUCUUCUAUAAAGAAGAGUUUUCAAAACAAAUUUUAGAUUGCUACCAUUCUCCUGACAAACGAGAACUCCUUCAGGAGUAAAGACUGGUUUUGCUUACCUGCAAAAGUCAUUGGCUAAAACUUCCUUAUCACCUCUUUAAAUUUCUGGAAGCCGGUUACUAUCAGAAUCAGUCAUUGUAAGCUGCUUUCCAAACACUAGGGUUAAGUUACUGGUUCAAACUCUGUUCUUGAUGCCAUAGUUUCUAGAUUUCUUUUUUAUUUCGAUCUUACACACCAGUGUUUAGGUAGCUUUUGAAAUGCUAUAGUACUGAUGCAAUGAACUCUGAGACCACCACUUGAUAUACAAAAAUUUGGUGUUUGAUGCCACCUUUACUGCAUUAUUGGAGCAGAUCUUCAUUUUGCAAGUGUUUGUUCAUAUUCAUUUACGGAAAUUUUAAAUAAAGAAAAUGAAAUUCGUUCACUUAUAUUUAUGAGACUUUAGUUGGCAUUUGAUUUCCAAAAAUGUGUAGCGCAUUUUCCAAAACAUAAGUAUAAAUGUUAUUCAGAACCAAGUUGAUGGCUUAUGCUAACAAUGGCAUUGGUUCAUUUUAUUUACAUGCAUGUACUCGCGCACACACAGACACACAGAUGAUUUUGCACACACACAGAGACACGCACCCUCCUAUGUAUUGUAAAAUGUAACAUUAGUAUUGGAUAUUUGGAUAUUUUGGAUAUCAGUAUUUUCUUCCAAAGUUGUAGAUUAAUGCUAGAAUAUUAAUUCUUUUUUUUAUUCAUUACUUGUAAUCAUGGACUGAUCUAUUCUCUUAGUUAUAAUAUUUAAAAGAAAACCGAACAUUCAGCCUUAGUCUGAGAACCUAAGCAGUUUUGACCAUUUCUAGUAAGCUGUAGUGUUCUUUCUCUAACCUACAUCAGAGUACAUGUAUGUGGCACAUACUAUGUUUUCAUUCUUCAUCCUCAGUCUUAAUUUUUUCCCCCAGAUGUCACUAUAUUUCACUGUCACUUAACAAACGUUUUGUUAAACAGGGUAAAUAGAAAUCCUUAGAAUCUCUGCACUGCGGCAUAGCUCCAAUUUGUGUGCUGCGGUGAGCUACAGUGAGUUAUUUGCAUAACAUUAUUGUAUGAUAGUGAAAAUAUUUAUUUUUGUCCUUCAAGUGUUUCAUGAUUCAAAUUUUUUAUGUUUAAUUAAAAUACUGCAUAAUGUUGACGGGUUCCAAAACCAUUAAAAUAAUCAAACAGCU